AUGGCGGAGGAAGGCGAGCGCUGCGACCCCGACCGCGACCCGGCUCCUGUGGCGGAGGCUGGAGAUGGGACAGAGCCGGACAGCCAGGCCGGGGAAGACCCCGCGGAGGGCCCCGACGUGUACAGAUACAUUAAGGGAGACUUGUUCACCUCCGAGAUUUAUAAAGUAGAGAUACAGAACCUGCCCAAAUACAUCGGGUUUAACGAUGUGAAAAAGUUCCUUGCCAAGUACGGGCUCAACCCUCACAAGAUAAAACUCUUCGGGAAGCAGACGUUCGCCUUCGUGACGUUCAAGAGCGAGGAGGAGCGGGACAAGGCCAUGCGGGUGCUGCACGGCGCGCUCUGGAAGAGCCGCCACCUCAGCGUGCGCCUGGCCAAGCCCAAGGCCGACCCCAUCGCCAAGAAGAGGAAGCAAGAGGAGGAUUCGGAGCAGGGAGAGGCGAAGCGUCCGGCUGCCUGCGGAGAGGAGCCCCUGAGCAAGCGGAUCGCGGACGUGGUGACCCCGCUGUGGAACGUGCCCUACGAGGCGCAGCUGGCCCAGAAGAAGCAGGAGUGCGAACAAGUGCUGCAGAAGCUGACAAAGGAAAUAGGAAAUAACAACAGAGCUUUAUUACCCUGGUUGUUCCUGCAGAAGCAGAAGUUUAAUAAAUUAUGUUGCCCAGUGGAGGGAGUGAAAGCAUCACCCUUGCAGACCGAAUAUCGCAACAAAUGUGAGUUCUUGAUUGGGAUUGGUGUAAAUCAAGAAGACAAAACUGUGGGUUGUCGUCUUGGCAAAUAUAAGGGUGGUACAUGUGCUGUAGUGGAGCCAUUUGAUACUAUUCACAUUCCUGCUAUUGCCAAAAAAGUAGUAAAAGCUUUCCAAGACUACAUAAGGUGCACUCCUUACUCGGUGUACAGCCCCGAGACCUACGAGGGGCACUGGAAGCAGCUCACGGUGCGCACCAGCCGCCGCGGCCACAUCAUGGCCAUUGCUUACUUCAACCCUCAGAAAUUGAGUAAAGAAGAGCUAGCUGACCUGAAAAUCUCUCUGGCAAAAUACUUCACAGAAGGGAUGGGAAAGAGCAGUGGUGUUACUUCCCUGUACUUUGUGGAGGAAGGACAGAGGAAAUCUCCCAAUCUAGAAGAUUUGCCUUUGGAGCAUGUGGCUGGUGAUAAGUACAUAUAUGAAGAACUCCUUGGCCUAAAAUUUAGAAUUUCUCCUCAUGCAUUUUUUCAAGUGAACACCCAAGCUGCAGAAGUGUUGUACACUGCCAUUGGGGAGUGGGCACAACUGAGCCAGGAGAGCACCGUGCUGGACAUCUGCUGUGGGACAGGAACCAUUGGGAUUUCCUUAGCAAAGAGAGUGAAGAAGGUCAUUGGAAUUGAGCUCUGUCAGGAAGCUGUGCAGGAUGCCAAAGCAAAUGCCCAGAUUAAUGAACUGAGUAAUAUUGAAUUUUACUGUGGGAAGGCAGAAGAUAUUGUUCCUUCCCUGAUGAACGUUUUAGCUCCUCAGAACCUGAUCACGAUUGUAGAUCCACCACGGGCAGGGCUGCAUUCCAAGGUAAUUCUUGCCCUGAGAAGAGCUGAACAUCUAAAGAAGCUCAUCUAUGUCUCCUGCAAUCCCAGAGCUGCAAUGAAUAACUUUGUGGACCUGUGCCGGGCCCCUUCCAACAGGGUGAAAGGAGCCUCGUUCCGGCCCGUGCGAGCCAUGGCUGUGGAUCUGUUCCCUCAGACCAGGCACUGUGAGCUGCUCAUCUUCUUUGAGAGGGUGGAAUACGCCAAUGGCAGCUCUGCAGCAGCAGCACCUGCUGCCAGUGAGACCCCAGCAGCAGCCUGUGGCACCGAGGGCAUGGAUGGCACCAGCCCAGCCAGCGAGGGGAGCCAGGCAGCUGCUGGCCUUGGGGACUGCAGUCCAAGAGAGGGCUCACCCUAACUCCUCAGAGACUUCAUAGAAACUACUUUGGCUUUUUAACUGCAUCAGUAACAUAACUUCUGUAACAUGCAGGUAAUAAAUCUCUGUACAACAGAGUAAUUGCAAGGCUUCCAACUUAUUUCAUCAUCCUAAUUUGAAUUAAGUUUCAUUAUCAUCGACUCUCAGAAGGGUUUGUGUUGAAAGGGACCUUAAUGAUUAUCUGAUAACCACCCCUUUGCCAUGAGCAGGGACACCUUCCACUCAGCCAGGCUGCUCAGAGCCCCAUCCAUGGUC